CAAGAUCGAACAUAAACCCAAGCCAAGCAUUACAACAAACAUCACAGUGAAAACCAAAAAAAAACAAAAUACACGAUAACAUCGAAUUCCUCCUCACCUGUACAACCUCUGAAGCUCUAAAAUCAGUGAAAUUAGGGUUAGGGUUCGUUUUGGAGUUAAGAUUAAGGGAUAUCCAGCUCUUUUAAUCUCUGAAAGAUGUGGCACGAAGCGAGAAGAUCAGAGAGGAAAGUACACGACUUGAUGGACGCCGCUCGAAAGAGAGCGCAGCGACGAGCCGUUUAUUUGGCGAAGAGAAGAGGCGAUCCAAUGCAAUCCAUUCAAGUUAUCGGCAAUCGAUCUCGCAUGUAUCGUGACGAUGGUCUCUAUCAGGCCACACAAGACCAGCAAGGCCUGAUACCUUGGAAUGGAAAACAGGAUGUUCUAAUUGACAGAUUUGAUGGUCGUGCUUUACUUGAUUUUAUUCGGGAGUUUGGGACCCGACGGGCCCCACAGAAAUCAGAAGAAGAAGAAGAACUGGAAGAGUUUGUUAAUUUUCAGCGUUAUCGGGAUUUAAUUAAGCAUCGACGUAGAGGAUUUACUGAUGAAGAGGGUUUGCAACAUGUACAUCUAGAGCUUGAGGCAAAGCUUACUGCCUCAUUUGCUUCAAACAGUAAUUCUCAGCCACAACAACCUCCCGCUAGCAAAGGUCCUUAUUCACAAGUUGGCUUUUCUUAUGAUGGGGAUGGAAAAGAGGAAUUCCAUUUUUCAGAUGGUGAUCACAGUGAAAGUGAAGAUGACGAUGACGAUGACGAUGAUGAGGAUUUUAAUAGCGAUGACAGCAAUGAUGAAGGAAUGGAGAGAAUAGCAAAAGAAUUUGGAGUGAAAAGGUAUGGUUGGCUUGUUUACAUGGAUAAAAAAGCAAAAGAAGAAGAGAAAAGACAGAAGGAAGUGAUCAAAGGUGAUCCUGCAAUUAGGAAAUUGAGUCGCAAGGAAAGAAGGAAAGCUUCUCAGAUAGAAAGGGAAAGAGAGAGAGAGGCUGCUAGGAUAACAGGAACAAGAGUGCUCCAUCAUGAUCCCUACCGUGAACCUAGACGAAGUCCAACUUAUGAAGCUUAUUCUCGCUCCAGAAAAGUGAGAUCAAGAUCGCGCUCAUUUUCACCAUCACACUCAAGGCGUUAUAGUCGUGGAGGGCAUCCUGAUGAAGUUCACCGUAGUAAACCAAGGACUCCUAAGAUAGAAUACAUCACAGAAUUUGGGGCCCCUGGUGACAGGGAUGAGCCAAAGCGUGAAGGAUAUUCUCCACCGCCAUCUCCUCCAUCACAGGCUGAUUUGUUAAACCGGCCAUCAUCCUGUCACAUACUUGAAGCACUGCAUAUUGAUCCUGCAUCUGGCGUGUCCCUUGAUAAUGAUAAGAGCACAAAAGCAUCAAAAUCAGCAGUAAGCACACCAUCAGGAUUAGCAAAAUUAACCAAGGCAAGUACUUCUGGGGGACCUUUGAAGCAGCAACAAGGAGAGAAAAAAGAAACUCCUCAGGAGAGACUCAAAAGGAUCAUGAGCAAACAGCUAAACAAACAAAUUAAAAAAGAUACCGCUGCUGAAACGGCCAAGAAACGAGAACAGGAGCGCCAGAGGCAGGCAAAACUUGCAGAAACAAAUCAACUGAGUCGAUAUAGACGUCGCAGCCGUAGCCGGAGCUACAGUAAUUCUCCACCAAGAUACAGGUCCAGUAGAAGCCGAAGUCGAAGUAGGAGUUCUCGAAGAUAUCAUUCCCACUCCCGCUCCCGCUCCAGAUCCCGAUCCUGCUCUCGAAAACACACCCAGUCCCGCUCUCCUUGUUCCCGCUCACCAAGGGUAAGAAGCCGAUGAAAUACUGAUACAUAUUCUGCAAAGCUGGCCACUGGAAUCAAGAUUAUGUAUGUCUAUGUUUUUGGUGCCAUGUUCUCUUAUGAAGUCCCAGCUUCACUCCAGUUUUGUAAUCUGCGGGUGAUGUUGUAAGGCAAAGAUGAGUAUGAGCCUCUUUUUGUAAUCAGUUGCGUUUACCAUUUUCUUUUCCUUGAUUGCAAUAUGAUAAUGUAAGUGGCUGUUGGCAUGUGUGUAAUCUUUUCAUGAUAGCAUGUGAUGGUCUUUUGUGCAAAAGCGGAUCAAGCCUCACGAACUUUGGUGUUGAUUCAAGGCUACUAAAAGCUGAAAACUUCUAGCCCAUUUGUAGUUGAAUCUUAGCCGGAUGGAAUUCCAUCAAUUGUACUUAAACGAGGGUAGGCUGACUUCUCUUAGACAGAAGAUGUUGUUCUUGGCUUUCGAAGCUUCCAAGUAUCUUGCUUGGGAUUUUGAGUCUAUAGAAGUAUAAUUGAACAGGUUUCGAAGCUA